AUGUAUGUCAUUGUUCGAGUCGAUGGCCCUCAAUUGAUCAGCCGCGAUGCCACUUCCACUCCAAAGCCUGUCUGGGAGGAUGCUGAUGGCAAUCAAAUGACCCUCAAGAAAGUCUGGGCCGAUGCCAAUGGCAAGCAGAUCGAUGAGGAGGAAUACAACAAGAGGAAACGGAAAUUCAAGGAACGAGAAGAAGGUCUUCCUCCCACCCUCACUGCCACUCCCGAAAUCAAGUCCUGCUGUGCAACAAAAUCCACCCGGCCCAAGCAUGAACUCGAUUCUCCUCCCUCAACCACUGCCCCUUCAGGCUGCCGUCAUCGUCAAAAUCUCUCGGCCCUCCCCGCCCACGAUUCUCUCAUGUCCGACCAGGUACCACCCGCCUUCAAAUCCGCCGUGGAUCCCUGGAUGACUGCGUGUUCUUGUGGUUCGGGCUGUUCAUGUCUGUACUGUCCCGAUCAUCCCAACAACGCCACUUCCAUCAACCAUACACAACAGCAGGUCAAGAACUUCGCUCAACACGCCUAUGCUGGUCAAGGCUUGGUUCAAAACACUUCGUUUGUCCCAGAAGCCCAUUCCACCUCUUGUAUGGGAGGCCGCCCAUCCUUCUUUCUCUCCCGCACCCCCGGUGUUUCUCAACAGCAACUGGAACAACUCUUUUCCGACAAUCUCAAUCCCAAUGCGAUAUAUCUCACCUAUCCCAUUCAACAACAUUCCUGGACCAACCAGCCCAUGAGCGCCCAUUGCUCUCAAAUCCCCUCUCCCGCCGCUCCUCUGGCAGCCACUCCUGAGACUGGUGAUCAGUUUGUUAAUCCGGAGCCUGAUUUUGUCGAUACUUCGGUACCUUGGGAACUUCUUCCCGACAACUCAAAUGGUACAUGGAAUUUCUCUGACAGUCAACUGGGAGACAAUGGUUUCAGUUGGAUGGAUUUCGACGCUUCUCGUGGUACGGAUUACAAUGUUGGUCAAGCCACUGUUGCCUCAAGUUUGGGUCCUUAUGAAUUCUCCCUCCAAGUCCCUCAUCCCAUCACCGCAAUCUCUCCUCUGGCCAAUUUCGACUCUAUCCUUUCAAACAACAUUGCAAUCGAUUUGAAUAACGCCAUCCCGCAUUCACCUGCCCACCUUGGUCCCCAACCCGGAUUUCAACCGUUUCCGAUUACAGGUGCCGAGCUUGACCCCCAACCCAUUUCACUUACCAUGGCCCCGUCACAGCAAUCUCUAUAUGCCACUGAGCACCUAGAAUCGUUUCCAUUCUCCCGACCUCAUCCGGCAGUACAACCUGCGGCUCCCGUUCGGUCGUGUUGUGGGGGAUCCAACCAGGUCACAAUCCCACAAAGCAUCAAGUGGAACGGAAACGAUAUUUUUCUCAAUCAAGGAGUCACCACUGAUCUACGAAGCCCCAUGCCGAUUCCAAAUUCUCCACCGAUACUAAAUGGCGCCUAA